AUGCUUAAAUUUUGCCUUCCUUAUCAAAUAAUAUAGCAAUUUGACAUUUUUGGAGCCUCAGUUAACUUAAGCUACAAAAAGGAUAAUUAAUUUAGAACACCUUUUGGUGGAUCUGUAACAGCUAUAUGCUUUUUUUUUAUAAUUAUCCUAUGCUAUUCAAACAUAUCUGAUUUGCUUGCCAAAACUUAGGUGUAAUAUUCUGUUUCUACUUAGUACAACACAUAACCUUCAACAUUAACAUUGGGUAAAGACACGUAAAUGAUAGCGAUUUCAUAUGAUUAAAGUAACUUUGUAUCUAGACCUAUGGUCAAUAUUACAUUAGUUUAAAGCAGCGUCCAUAGAUUUCCUGAUGGUACAGUUAAUGUCACAAAAACUCCUUUGUAUUUAGAGCCUUGCACUAUUGAUCACUUUAUUAAUCUCCCUAGUUAUAAUUUUAAUUGGACUCUAGCCUUUUAAUAAUAAAAUAUAUCAGAUUACUUAUGUCUACAAAAAAAUAGAACAUAUAAAAUUGGUGGUGUUUUUGUAAAUUAAGAUUUCAAUUACAUAAAAUUUUCUGUAACUCCCUGUAUAAAUUCUACUACUGCUAACCCCUUGAAUCCUUGGAAUCCAUAAUGUGAGUCCUCUUCUAAAAUUAAAUCUAGUAUAAACUAGCAAUCAAGAAUGAGAUUCCUUAUUUCUAAUAAUAUUUUAAACCCUGAAAAGACUACAGAAUCUAUUACCUCUUUUAUUGAUUCACAAAUAUACAACAUUUAGAUGGGCUCAAUGUAUACGACUGCAAAUAUUUACAUUAAUGAGUAAACGCUUUAAACAGACGAGAGUAUAUUUCCUAUCUCAAGUGUCCACACUGAAAGAUUAUUGCAAUUUAAAUAAAGUGAAGUUUAAUAAUAGAAUGCAAUUGGAAAUUUUUCUGUAUUCGGAGAUUUUUAUAUUUUGAGAAGCAACUAUUCUACUUUUUCAAAUAAAAGUUAUUUAAAAUUAAAUCAAGUAAUCAGCUAUAUUGGUGGAUUUUGUUAAGUUUUCUUUCUGAUUUCGGCAUUUUUAGUAAAUAGAUAUAAUACUUAUGUGUUUUACAAUGAACUUGCAAAUAGAUUGUAUGAUUUUGAAUUAGAACCGCAAAAUUAAAAUUAAAAAAAUUAUCAUCCAAACAAAAGAAGCGAAAAAUUAAAAAGUAUUUUAGAAAAUUUGGAUUAAAAAAUUGAUUAUUAAAAAAAUGCAACUAACCCAUUAAUUUAAAAUAAUGAUUAUAGCUUAUCUAAAGCUAAUCACAAAGCACCUUAAAAUUUUUCAUAGUAAAUAAAUAUUAUUGACAAGGAUAGCAAUUAAAAAAGAGAUUUUUAAGAAAAAAGUUUUAUUUAAAACCAUUCUAUAUUAGCAAACUAAGAAGAUUAUACUAAGCAUUUAAACCACUCAGUUAUACACUUAAAUUUAUAGCAUCUUAAUGAAAAUUAAGCAUAGGAUAUUAAGAUUAUUUAAAAUAAUAAUAUGGGUAUUAUUGAUAAAAAGAAUUAAAUUAAUUAAUUUGAAAAAAAGUCUGAUUCCCCUAUUUAUUUUAAAUAACUAUAUUUAAAAGAUAAUCCAAAUGCAUAAACUCUAAACCAAUAACUUGAAAAGCAAAUACAAAAAGAAGAAUUCGUUUUAGGUUUAAAAUAAGCUUAAUUUCAAAAUACAUUAACAAAAUUAAAUUUAGACGAAUAGGAACACAAACACUAUAAUGGUUCGAAAAGAAUGUCAAUGUCUUUAUCCCCUAUUAAAUUAGAAAAAUAUGCUUCUUUCCAAAAAUUAAAAAUGUCUUCUGAAUAAUAUUUGGAUAGAGAGCUCAAUUUGGUUAUAAACAGAGAUAGAAGUCUUUGGAUGGAUUUUAAAUAUUUUUUAAAUUAAUUAUCUUGUGGACGUCUAUUUAAAAGUCCUUAAAUAAAAUUACUUAAUAAAGCUUUUAAUUAAAUAAGCUAAGAUUUAGACAUAUUUACAAUCUUGAAUAAUUUUAAGGAAUUAGAUAAAUUAAAGAAAGUUUUAUUGAACGAAGAUUAGCAAGCUCUUUUUAACUUUUUUCCAAAACCAGUUAUUAAAAUGGUAGAUGAUACAGCUAUUUUGAGUUUAAAAUAAGUAAAGUAGGAAGAGUAGGAAUAAAAAAAUAAAAUAGACUAAUUGAAUAAAAAUAAAAAAAAGCUAAAAAUUUAAAUAAAGAAUUUUAGUGUGAUAGCUAAAGCAAUCAUUAAAUUCAAAAAAGGAAAAAAAACUAAAAUUUCUUGCUAUCAAAAAUUGUUUAAUCAUUAUUAAAAACUUGUCGAAUAACCUAAUCAAAAUAACUUCUAGUUAUCACUAAACAAAAAACUAAUAGAUUGCCUAGGUCAAGAGAUGAAUAGCAUUUUUGAAGUAGCAAAUAAAAUAAAGAACAAAAAUAUUUUUUAGGAAAAUUUAUAGCAAUAAAAUUAAAGGAAAUACUAGCAUGUAAAUUCUGCUUAAAUUAAUAGUUCAUAAAUUUUCAAUCUUGAUGAAAUUAACUAAAUAAGAUAAAAUUAAGGUGAAUUACAUUAUAAUUAGUAAAAUUUUUAUCAUAUUUAGGAAAAUUUAAAAGAAACGGCUAAAUAAAAAGAGUAAGAGGGUUUAAUUAUAUUUACUGAUGAAAAUGAAGAUUAUUAAGACCAACAAUAAAAUAUAAAUUCUAAUGUUACAAAUUGA